CAAACCCAAACCACUCCUAUUCCGGUGACCCCGGUUCACACCACCGGGUGCUCAGAUCUUCUUCCAAGCUCCCCCACAGAGGCAGCGGAGCUCCGGGGCCCGACGGGCAGGGGAAGAUGCGGACGGUGCAGUAGCCGGGAAAGCCGGGCUAUGAGCAGGGCUGUUCACCGGAGCAUGGGCCGGGAAAGGUAGCGAUCGGGGAGGGGACAGGAGCCGCACCGACGUCCACCAUGAGCUUCGCGGAGCUCUUGGACCGCAUCGGGGGCAUGGGCCGCUUCCAGCUGCUCCACAUCGCCUUGCUGGUGGUGCCCGUGCUCAUGACAGCCUGCCACAACCUGCUGCAGAACUUCUCGGCUGCCGUGCCGGGCCACCAUUGCCGGCUGCGCCUGGCGCCCAACGAGACGCGGCACCUCAGCCCCGGGGACCUGCUGAGGGUCUCCGUGCCCCUGGAUGCCGAGCGGCAGCCGGAGAAGUGCCGCCGCUUCAUCAGCCCCCAGUGGCAUCUCCUCCGAGCCAACGGCACCGGGGCCAACGGUACCGAGGGGGCAACCGAGGCAUGUGUGGACGGCUGGACGUAUGACCGGAGCACCUUUACCAACACCAUCAUCAUCGAGUGGGACCUGGUGUGUGAUCUCCGGAGUCUCCGGCAGCUGGCCCAGUCCAUCUACAUGGCCGGGGUGCUGGUGGGAGCCCUGGUCUUUGGCAGCUUGGCUGACAGGUUCGGGCGCAAGGCGCUGCUGAGCUGGUCCUACCUGCAGAUGGCUGUCUCGGGGACCUGCACCGCCUUUGCCCCAAGCUUCCCUGCCUACUGUGUCUUCCGCUUCCUGGUGGGCAUGGCCCUCUCAGGGGUUGUCCUCAACUGCAUGUCGCUGGUGGUCGAGUGGGUGCCCACCCACUUCCGCACGGUGGCCGGGACAGCAGUGGGGUACUGCGCCACCCUGGGACAGAUCGUCCUCCCCGGCCUGGCCUACGCGCUCCCGGACUGGCGCUGGCUGCAGUUCACCGCCUCCAUGCCUUUCUUCGUCUUCUUCCUCUACUCCUGGUGGUUCGCUGAGUCGGCGCGCUGGCUGGUGCUCUCGGGCCGGCCCGACCGCGCCGUGACGGUGCUCAAGAAGGUCGCCCGCAUCAACGGGAAGAAGGAGGAAGGCGACAAGCUGGAUACUGAGGUGCUGAAGUCCAACAUGCAGAAAGAAAUGGCUCUGGCCCAGUCCUCCUAUACCCUGUACAGCCUGGUCCAGACACCGGCCGUACGGAAGAUAUCCUGCUGCAUCGCCAGCGUCUGGUUUGCCACCAGCUUUGCCUUCUACGGCCUGGCCAUGGACCUGCAGCAUUUUGGCUUCAACAUUUACCUCAUCCAAGUGGCAUUCGGCUCCAUCGACAUCCCGGCCAAGCUAGGCUCAGCUAUCGGCAUGAGUUUCAUUGGCCGGCGAGCCACGCAGGCCGCCUCCGUCAUCCUGGCAGGGCUGGCGAUCCUGGCUAACAUCUUUGUGCCACGAGAGCUUAAAGCCCUCCGUACAUCCCUGGCUGUCCUGGGGAAGGGAUGCCUGGCCUCUUCCUUCAACUGCCUGUAUCUCUACACGGGAGAGCUGUAUCCCACCGUCAUCAGGCAGACCGGCAUGGGGCUGGGCAGCACCAUGGCCCGUGUUGGAGGCAUCGUGGCCCCUGCGAUACGGGUGACGGGAGAAUAUAUUCCCUACCUCCCGCCAAUUAUAUACGGCACCGCGCCCAUCGUCUCGGGCAUCGCUGCUAUAUUCCUGCCGGAGACCCUCAACCUCCCGCUGCCGGACACCAUAGAAGAAGUGGAAAGCAGGAAAAGGGCUGGAGACCUCAGGACCACGGAGCAGAAGGAGAAGAUUGGGCUGCAGACAGUGGAACCCACAGCUCUGCAGGAAGUCUGCUAGCGAGCGGGGAGCCAGGGCCCCUGCCUGCCCUGUCUGGACUGGUGCACCCCUUCCUCGAGCCAGGGGCAUGGGGCUGGGGCAGGGGAAGAGCAGAGGGGAUAUGCACCACGUGGAAGGGAUGGGAGAGGUCGUCAGCAAUAAACAGCGGAGCUCUCAGCCAGUGGUGAAGCCUGGGACCCUGUUUGGCAUGUGAGUUAUUUAGUAGAAUUACAGCAAGAACUCAGCCCAAUUCAGCAUGCACAUUAUCACUGCCAUUAUGGUAGCA